CUCCCGCAGUCGGAUCAGCUGGGCGGUCCGUGCGGACAAACAUCGGCUGAGUUCUGUGCGCUCUGGCAUGAUAUAAACGCACACCUUUCAUGUCUAAAUAAAGUUUUAGUGACGAGUUUCGCCAUGUGGAUUACUCCAGAGGAAGUGUUACUGGCGAACGCGCUGUGGGUGAGCGAGCGCGCGAACCCUUAUUUCAUUCUGCAGAGACGCAAGGGACACGGCCGGGGAGGAGGAAUCACGGGUUUGUUGGUGGGUACGAUGGAUGUUGUGUUGGACUCCAGCGCUCGUGUCGCCCCGUACAGAAUUCUGCAUCAGACAGGAGAGUCUCAGAUCUUCUGGAACAUCGCCUGUGGUUCGUCUCGUAAGGAGAUCACUAAACACUGGGAGUGGCUAGAGGCAAAUCUGCUUCAAACUCUCUCCAUCUUUGACAAUGAUGAUGACAUCACCACAUUUGUCAAGGGUAAAAUACAGGGCAUCAUCGCUGAGGAGAACAGAGGCAUCAGACCUCAGGAUGACGAGGAUCCUGGGAAAUUUCGUGAAGCCGAGCUGAAGAUGCGGAAGCUGUUCGGAAUGCCGGAGGAAGAGAAGCUGGUGAAUUAUUACCCCUGCAGUUACUGGAAGGGGAGAGUCCCGCGACAGGGCUGGAUCUACCUGUCCGUCAAUCACCUGUGCUUCUACUCAUUCCUGCUGGGAAAGGAGGUUUCGCUGGUGGUCCAGUGGACAGACAUCACGCAGUUAGACAAGAACGCCACGCUGGUUUUCCCAGAGAGCAUCCGCGUCAGCACGCGGGACACAGAGCAUUUUUUCUCCAUGUUCCUCAACAUCAACGAGACCUUCAAACUGAUGGAGCAGCUGGCCAACAUCGCCAUGAGACAACUGUUAGACAACGAGAGCUUCUCCGCCGACCGCUCGCUCCCCAAACCCUGCAAGACUCUGAAGAACGUCUCCGCUCUCAAGAGAGAUCUGGAUGCCCGGGCGAAGAACGAGCGCUACAGAGGAUUGUUCAGACUCACGCCGGACGAGCGUUUGGACGGACACACCGACUGCACGCUCUGGACUCCAUUUGCCAAGAUGCACGUCGUGGGACAAAUGUUUGUUUCCAACAAUUACAUCUGCUUCGCCAGCCGUGAGGAGGACUUGUGUCAACUCAUCAUCCCGCUGAGAGAGGUGACUAUAGUGGAGAAAGCCGACAGCAGCAGCGUGUUGCCGAGUCCUCUCUCCAUCAGCACUAAAAACAAGAUGACCUUCCUGUUCGCCAAUCUGAAGGAUCGAGAUUUUCUGGUGCAGCGAAUCUCAGACUUCCUUCAGCGGACGCCGGACAGACCCUGUGGUUUAAGCGCUCAAUCCGAGAACCCCAGCCCGAGUACGCCUCCCUCUUGGCCGUCGUCUCCAUCACUGGGAGCAGGAGAGAUGCCUCAAAGCAAACACUUCAGCCCCGAUCUGCUCACCGCCAAACAUGGUCUCCUGAAGAUCUACCAACAGGACGUCCCAGAGGAGCUGGGACCAAAAGCUACGAGAGAGAAAAUGAAAGAAGAAUCAUGGAACAUCCACUUCUUUGAGUUUGGACGUGGAGUUUGCAUGUACCGGACGUCUAAAACCCGAGAGCUGGUUCUGAACGGGAUACCAGAGGCUUUGAGAGGAGAACUCUGGCUGCUCUUCUCAGGUGCACAAAACGAGAUGGCCGCACACCCAGGUUACUAUGGCGGUUUGGUUGAGCAGGCCAUGGGCAAAUGUACACUAGCAACAGAGGAGAUCGAGAGAGAUCUUCAUCGAUCAAUGCCCGAGCAUCACGCGUUCCAGAACGAGAUGGGCAUCGCUGCCCUCAGACGAGUUUUGACCGCUUAUGCGUACAGGAACCCGGGCAUCGGGUACUGCCAGGCGAUGAAUAUUGUCACGUCUGUGUUGUUGUUGUAUUGUAAUGAAGAGGAGGCGUUUUGGCUGCUUGUUGCUCUGUGUGAACGAAUGCUGCCCGAUUAUUACAACACUAGAGUCGUAGGGGCGUUGGUUGAUCAGGGCGUGUUCGAGGAGCUCACCCGUGAGGUGUUGCCGUUGUUGUACGAGCACAUGCAGGAUUUGGGCGUCAUCUCCACCAUCUCCCUGUCCUGGUUUCUCACUCUCUUCCUCUCCGUCAUGCCGUUCGACAGCGCCGUGUUGCUGGUCGACUGUUUCUUUUACGAGGGCAUUAAAGUCAUUUUCCAGGUGUCUCUAGCUGUGCUACACGCUAACAUGGAUCAGCUAAUGGCUUGCUCGGAUGAGGGAGAAGCCAUGACUAUUCUGGGCAGAUAUCUGGAUAAUGUUGUGAAUAAGCAGACCGUUUCCCCGCCCAUUCCCCACCUUCACGCCCUGUUGACCAGUGGCAACACCCCUCCACCUGAGAUUGACGUGUUUGAGCUCAUUAAAGCGUCCUAUGAGAAGUUUGGCAGUCUGCGUGCUGAUGUCAUCGAGCAGAUGAGAUUCAAACAAAGGUUAAAGGUCAUCCAUUCAUUAGAAGAUACAGCCAAGAGAAGCGUGGUGCGAGCCAUCAUGACAGAAUCUGCCUUCACCAUUGAGGAGCUGGAGGAGCUUUAUGUUCUGUUUAAGGCCAAACACAUCAUGAGCUGUUAUUGGGGAGCGAGCAGCACGGCGGCAGAGCGUCACGACCCCAGCCUGCCGUAUCUUGAGCAGUAUCGCAUUGACUGCGGUCAGUUCGCUCAGCUCUUCUCCGCUCUCGCGACCUGGAGCUGCGGUCCUCACUCCAUCACGCUUGCCGGCAGACUCUUCCGCCUGCUGGACCAAAACAAAGACUCCCUCAUCAACUUCACAGAGUUCGUCACCGGUCUCAGUGGGAUGUAUCAUGGAGAUAUGACUGAGAAACUCAAACUACUCUACAAACUGCACUUGCCGCCUGCGUUGUGUCCAGAGGAGGCAGAGUCAGCACUGGAGGCAACUCAGUUCUUUACAGAUGAUGACACACCGCUAGAUCCUCCCUUCCUGUCUCAUCUGGACUUCCUGGCACAGGAAGUGAUGUCAGGCGAUGAGUUUAAAGAGGGAGGAGAUGGAGCGGCCGGCGACAGCGAUGAAAAGAAAGAAGAGAAGCCAAAGGAUUAUAAAUACUAUCUGAGAAUGUGGGCCAAGGAAAAUGAGCCAAAGAAAGAGAAUAUCAAAGAUCUGCCACGCAUGAAUCAGGAGCAGUUUAUUGAGAUGUGUAAAACUCUGUACAACAUGUUCAGUGAGGAUCCGUCGGAGCAGGAGCUUUAUCACGGCAUCGCCACCGUGGCCAGUCUCCUGCUGCAGAUCGGAGAAGUGGGAAAGAAAUUCACCAACAACGGCGGCAAGAAAGCCGAAUCCCAGCCGCCCUGCGUGACGGACGCCUCGCAGCCGGAGAAAGAAGACUCGUCCAGUGAGGUUUGCAAAGCCCUGGCGGAGGCUCAGCUGGAGACGCCCCCUCCCACGGCGAACGGCUCAGACGAAGACACCAAAGACGACACGUCCGUGUCGUCUUAUUCCGUGGUGAGCGCCGGUUCGCUGCAGUGCGAGGAUAUCGCAGAAGACACCGUCCUGAUUGGCUGCGUGGGAGGGGAGGGGGCGGAUCGGAGGAAGACCAGCGCGCCGGAUGGCGAUUGGUCGAUCACGUUCGAGCAGGUUUUAGCAUCAUUCCUGACCGAGACGUCGCUGGUUGACUACUUCGAGGAAAAGCACGACAUUCAGAGCAAAAUGAUGGCGUGCAAGUCGCUGAGAGCGGUGGAGAGACAGACUAGCUCGUCGAGCGAUCUCGAUUUCUCUCUGUCUGCGCAUUGACACGCACACGCGCAUCAAACACGUAUGAACAAAACAAACAUCGGUGUAUGUGUAUGUAUGUCGUGACCGACGCAUCGGGAGUUUGAUACUUCUAGUGUCUCAUAGUCUCAAUUAAUGUGCUUUCUGUACCUCUGAGGUGUCUUUCAGAUUUGAAGGCCUGGAAGCAAGGAUUAUGGGAUGUGGCUUUAGGCUAUGAAGCGUCUCGUUUGGUACAUUCAUGGUGCACGGUAUACGGAAUCUAGAUGAUCUACAGAAAGAACCGCUUUUAGUCGUACCGUAAAGAUGGAUGAAGAAUGGUCACACUAAUGCUUGGAUUUGCACACUCGUCUGGAGAGAUUAUCUCACUCUGAAGUCACUAAUGCUUUCUUGCACGUGCGACGUAUAGUUAGUGAACUUGGCAGAAAGAAAGUGUCCUUGAUGUGAAUAUGAACGUUCACUUUUAAAACUCGUUCCUCUGAUGGUCAUUCUGCACACCUCAAAGCCCAUAUAACGUAAUAACCUAUUUGUGUGUCGCUUAAAAACUAAAAACGCUUUAUUGUUUUGAAAUAGUUCAUUGCCUUAAACUAUAAGACGCUCAUUCUGAAAGCGUUGCACAUAAUUUGUGUCGUGAACAGACAGCACUGAUGUGCCGUCCAACAUGAAGCUAUUUUAUCUCAUCAAACCUCAUGAAACUAUUCCUGCGUGAAUUGUUGCUUUAAAUAAAAAAAGUAUUUAAUUUCGGUGUCAAUUGUUGAUUUGAAGAAAUCAGUCACCGAAUCGUUGAUAUACGUGUCAUUGAACAGCAUCGUUUUUUUAUUUAACGCAACAAUUUAUGCAAUGAUGAUUUUACCAAAUGUUCACACUGAAAUUGGUUUCGCUUGUUUUAGGAAGGAUUGUCAGUGUAUUUUGCAAAGUUGCAAAAUAAAACCUUAAAGACUCGUCCAAACAACGUUGGGAUGAAUCUAGAAGCAUAUCUUCAUCACAUGACUGAAACACACCUCCACAUCUUCUCAGUGUGUAAAUAGUUACGCAACGCAUUAUAAAUGAUAUUAGAUGAGGCUUUCAGGUCAAAUCUUAUGCAAUGAUCUUUUCGGUUCACUUUGAGUCCUGUUUUGCUUCGCUUCCUUUAUCCCAUCACAUAAUCUUUUCUAUUCUGAAUUUGUCGUUUUUAAUUGUUCUUGUUUUUUUUGUACUUGUAUAAGCUUUGAUUUACGUGUCUUCUGAAGAGAUUCUGUAAAGCCGCAGUAUUAAUUUUCAGAUGUUUAAAGAUUAAGACAUUGCCAAAAUGCAGUCAAUGAAAGCGUGUAAAUGAGGGAAAAUUUUAAAUAAUUGAUGCAGAAUUAUAAUAACGAAUCCCUUAAUUUUAAAAAGCCGCUCACGUAAACACUGGCUAAAUUAUGAAAACGUUUUUGAUUUUGUUUGGUAUUGAGCGAAUAUAAUCCACCGUGCUUUUAUUUUGUCGUACCAUGCAUCUGAUUGUGAAGGAGCGCUGCACCUCUGCCUCGUGACCUCUGUCUGACUGUGAAACGACUGCUUGAAUUCACUGUGUCUGCUCGUUUACAGACUAACACUGUUUCUCCUUUCCUGCAUCUCACAAAAGAAAUGAAUCUGUAUUUUCUCACUGUGGAGAGCUUGUGUCUGAUGUUAUAAUCUGAUGUCCACCCGUUUUAAAACGUAUCGUUAUGAACCAGUAUUGUGUAAUAAAAGACAAGUUAUGGAAAAACAAGUGUAU